UAAACAUGUCGAAACGGAAAAUUCGAUGCUAAAAUCUCCUUUCUCUUCUCGUGUUGUUUUUCUCCCCGAGAGUCAUCCUAAUUUUGUCCUCCGAAGGGAGAAUAUUUUAGCCAUGUUCUUCACCAUCAAGGAGGCGUGCGUGUGGACGGGCAUGUCCCCAGCAGAGAUGCUGUGGCACAUCCUCUGCUUAUGCUGCUUCACCAUUCUCCUCUGCGUGAAACUCGACAGCUUCUCGGCGUGGCUGACGGCGGCGCUGGCGCUGACCUGGUGGCGCACCUUCCUCCCGCUGUUCGUCGGGCUGGCCGUCAACGCCUACUUCGUCAUGAUCGUGCUGAUCCGCAGCGUGCUGGUGGGGGAGACGAAGAAGGCGCUGCACCGCUCCGGUCUGACUAUGCUGAUGCUGGCCGCCGUGGCCGUGUUUUACACGCUCGUCUGCCAGAAGCUGGAGCAGACCGUGCACUAUUCCUACCCGGAGAUCAUGGCGCCCUUCUUCAUCAUCAUCGUCCUCACCGCCAUCCGGGCCAACUCCACCAAAUAGGAAGAUCGCACCGUUCAAGGGUUCAUUGCAGAAGGAAGUGUACAGUCCAGUCGCUCCUUGAAGAUUGGUGCGUUAUGCGCCGUGUUGCGACUUGCGAGCAUUAUAUCGGCGUUGGCCGUUGGGAAGGAGAAGUUUGGGAUUUCAUGACGCUGUCAUGCUGGUGAUGGUUGAGCCGAGAAACGUGUCUAUUCAUUUUGUCCACCAUUCAUUUUGUCCAUCAUUCAUUUCGUCCACCAUUCAUUUUGUCCACCAUUCAUUUUGUCCACUAUACAAUUCUAAGAUUACGGUAUUUUUAUUUUCUAUAAGACAAAGCUAGUGCGAAAUAAUUCUAAUAAACCGAAGAUGCGCGUAGCAAUCCGAUAAAUAACACGUUGUAUGAGAAUGUAUACAAACGUAGUUCUUACAUCUAUAUCAUUAGUAUUCAUUACUGUGAUUUCAGUUUGUAUGCCAUUGCUACAACAAUAAUAUACGUUGCAGUUAUUUGGCAUAUUUGCACGUAAUACUGAUAACGUACCCAGUACUGCGCAGCUGUAUAUGCAUCUCGAAAUUGAGCGGGUUAUAAGGACAGUAGGCAAGAAAUAACAGAAUGAUGAGUUCGACUUAUGCACAUAAUGUAGCGCGCAUCUAAUUCCUUGCAUCUGCAAGUACGUAUACUUCUAUGUAAAUCUAACUUGCUUGUCAGUUGAGUGUUAAGAAUGAUAUUAUCAUCUGAAAAAUGAGUGGUGGACAAAAUGGAUGGUGGACGAAAUGAAUGGUGGACGAAAUGAUAGGUGGACAAAAUAAUAGGAAGCCGCCGAGAAAUCCUGGAUGGAACCCGCGCGUUGCCUUUCCGCAGUAAAUCCUGGCCGAGUAGAGCGCCUUUCCGAUUAAACUACUGAUUUUUGUGUUGUUUUUUUGCCGUUGGGCGCGUUCCAUAUCAAAAUGCAUAAAUGGACAGCACACUCUUUUCAGCACACUGUUGACAAAUAAAUAAUAUAUCUG